AUGUUGUCUCAUAUUAGCAUCAUUUUGCUAGGCGUACAAUGGUCUUAUGCCCAGACCGUCACAGGCGUUACACUCAGCAACUACCGCCGUCGUGAUUGCAGCGUUGCUGGCGGUGCAGAAAUCUGUUAUUCGAAAUACCCGUUGCCAGACUGCUGCGGAAGCACCAGUACACAGUACUUCGUUUCUGGCGAUUGCUCUGGCUGCACAUCAACAGAUAUACACUUUCUCUUCGGACCAGGGGCGCAAGGAGCGUGCAGCGUGGCCCGCACCGGCUCAAACAACGGCAAUUGCAUCAACGCUCAAAAUGCCAAGGGGCACGGAUGGUGCAGAGUGUGCGGCACUCGCGUGCAACAAUUGGUCGAUGAGGACGCUUCGGAGGAAGAUUGGGCUGACCCUUUCAACGGGAUAUCGGCGCAGCCAGAAGACGAGAAAGUCUGCUCAAAGCCGAAUGUUGUGACCAAAGAUGGCUUGAGAUUUUUUCGCGUUCACUAUGAUGUUCCGCAGGAAGUCACUGAUAUGAUUUACGAAUGGUAUGACGACGAAGAGAACACUCGCUUUGCUGUCGGUACCGUUCCUGAGGAGUUUCUGCCUUACGAGACGACUAGUCCUUGGGAGUAA